AAUUUUCUUAUUUGAAAAUAAAAUUUAUUUUAAUCACUUUUUGUAUUAAAAAAAAUAUUUUUUUUUUGUAUUAAAAAUAUUUUUAAUAUUCUAUAUGUACAGAAAAAAAAAUUAUAUAAAAAAACAAGAAAAAAAAUAUCUCUUUUUCUAAAGUGAAUUUGAAUUCAUUACUUUAAUUUUAUAAUGUUGUAUAAUGUACCACCGUAUAAUAAUUUUACAACCCUGGAUUACUUUAAGGUUAAACGUCCCAAACUUGAACCAAGCGAUUCAAAUGAGCGAAAGUACAGUAAUGGAAACAUUUUAAAUUCUAGCCAAUGUAGUUCAUUAGUUAUACCAUCGAAUUUAUCAAAUAGUAAUUUUAGUAAUAAUAGUAGUAAUAAUAAUUCAUUAAGUUUAUCCUCAACAUCAACAUCUAUUGGUUUAACACCAACAUCUUAUUCCCAGCAUCAACAACAAUCUUCAGCUGGUAGUAGUCUUUCACAUCUUAACUCUAAUAAUCAAAAAUUGUUACAUUCGCCAUCAGAUACUAGUUUAUUAACAACAUCAACAGGUCAACAACAUCAGCAGCAGCAACAACAACAGCAAAUAGGACAGAGUUUGCAGAGAACACCGUCAUCAGGAUCAAUUUCCCGAAAUAUUAAUAACUCACUAGCAGUUAGAACAUCAUCAUCAUCUGUUCAUCAACAUUCUGAACUUGGUAUGUCACAUUGGCUUACCGGUAGUGAUUCAUCGAAUGUAAUUGCAACAGCUGUAAAAUCUGAAAAUCGUAGUCCAGAUUUAGAUUCAUCAGCAAUUAGUGGUAUUUCACAGCAUAUAAGUAAUUUAUCACCAAAUUCAUCAGCUGGUUUAUUAGCUGCAGCAUCAUCAAGUAAUCAUCAUCAUCAUCAUCAUUUACAUUCACAUUUAGACACAUCAUUGUAUUGCACAAAUCCAAAUACAACAUCAGGAUUAGGUAUUGAUAAUACUGGAUCACCUGUAACAUCAUCUUCAUUAGCUGCAGCAGCAGCAGUAGCCGCAGCAGCUGGUAUCGGUGUUGGUGGAGUUCAAUCAUCAUCAGCAGUUGUAAAUACAGGAAAUAAUGUUAGUAGUAGUUUAAGUGGUUCAUUAACUGGCAAUAGUAGUGGUAUUGGUGUUGGUAGCAGUGGAUUAAAUUCACCAACAUCAACAUUACAUCAAAGUGCAAAUUUAACGGCUAGUGCUUAUGAUCAUAAACAAGAUUAUUAUAGUUAUUAUAAUAGUAUGCAACAAUACACACCAUCAUUUUAUCCAUCAUAUGGCUCACCGUAUUCAACGCGGACAACAUCUAAAAUUCCAUCACCAAACGCCUAUUUAUCAUCUAGUUAUUCAGCGGCAGCUGCUGCUGUUGCUAAUAAUAACAAUUCCUCGCAAUUAUACUCAACAUAUGGUUAUAAUAAUUUUGGACAAUUUGGAACUGGCCAACAAGCCGAUUAUACAGGAUAUUAUAAUGAUCAAUAUAGUAAUUAUUAUGGUUCACCUAAUUAUUCACCAUAUGUAGCAUCGCCAGGUUCGGCUGUAGCAUUGGGAGCAGCUGCUGGUACACAUGGUUUUCAUGUUACAUCCGGAACUUUAACAGGAUCAUCUCUUGGAUUAUCAGAGAGUCCAUCAGAUCAUAGUGGUGGAACAGUUGGAACAACAAAUUCAACAACACCAAUUUUACAUCAUAGUCAUUCACCAAAUUCACCAUUACAAAUUUCACCAAAUGCAAUCAGCGGUACUAAUGUUUUGGGUAAUCCAUUAUUGGCUGCGAGUAAAACGACACCAACUGGUAAAAAUGGUAGAGCUCGCGGUAGAAGACAUGCUCAUCCAAGUCCCACAAGAAGUAAUACAUCAGAAAGUGGUAAUAAUGUUGUAGGUUUAACAGAUACAAUUAAACCACCAGAACGUGUAUUUAUAUGGGAUUUAGAUGAAACCAUAAUUAUAUUUCACACAUUAUUAUCUGGGUCCCACGCAAGACUUUAUAAUAAAGAACCAAGUCAUACGCUACAAAUAGCUUUCCGUAUGGAAGAAUUAAUAUUUAAUUUGGCUGAUACGCAUUUCUUUUUCAAUGAAAUCGAAGACUGUGAUCAAGUUCAUAUCGAUGAUGUGUCAUCGGAUGACAAUGGACAAGAUUUAACAAAUUACAAUUUUGCAACAGAUGGUUUUCAUUCCGGAACACCACAAGGUGCCCCACCAAGUUUAUGUUUACCUACUGGUGUAAGAGGUGGAGUUGAUUGGAUGAGAAAAUUGGCAUUUCGUUAUAGAAAAAUUAAAGAAACAUUUAACAUGUAUAAAAAUAAUGUUGGAGGAUUAUUAGGGCAACCAAAACGUGAUCAAUGGCUUCAAGUUAGAGCAGAAAUGGAAAAUGUUACCGAUAAUUGGGCAACAUUAGCAACAAAAUGUUUAAAUAUGAUUGCACAACGUGAAAAUUGUGUCAAUGUUUUAGUAACAACAACGCAAUUAGCACCAGCUUUAGCAAAAGUUUUAUUAUUCGGACUUGGACAAAUAUUUGCAAUAGAAAAUAUUUAUAGUGCACAUAAAACUGGUCAAGAAUCAUGUUUCGAAAGAAUAGUGACAAGAUUUGGUCGUAAAAGUACGUAUGUUGUUAUCGGUGAUGGACAAGAAGAAGAGGCUGCUGCAAAAUCAUUAAAUUUUCCAUUUUGGCGAAUAUCAAGUCAUAGUGAUAUUAGAAAUCUCUAUACAGCCUUGGAUAUGGGAUUUUUAUGAAAACUUUAUUUUUUCAUUUAAGCAAUAGAAA